CAGCAAGGACGGGACAAGGACGGCAGGAACGGGAAUUGGAGGAAGCCAGAGGAUGCGGCGUCGGACUACACAGUACGCUGCGUGGCCCGAUCACAUGUUCCAGGUCGGAGGAUUUGUGUUGGUGAGACGCGCGAUAAUAUCUGUUAUCCCGCGGGAACGCCUGACAGGGAAGACCGAGGGAGGGGGAGGUGGGCAACGCCAGAUGGAAAUAAAAAUAAAACGGGAAGGAGAAUGAACAGGACGGCUGGUGGGGGCUCGCCCGGCUUGGAGGAAUAGAGUUGGGAGGUGACCCCGUCCUGUGCAGCCCGCUUAGCUGUCAAAUCUGCCAGUUCAAGGCAUGCAUGUUUCGGAUCGCCUCUGGGAGUGGGUUGUUGGCCCCAGAACAGGGCAGACCCGAAAUGCGAAGGGGAGCAGCAUCUCAACGUGGGACACGGGGGGUUUGCCGAGUUCAGAGAAACCUCCUCCCAAGUGUGGAGCAGACGCAUUGCAGUCUGCAGAAACUUGAGGUUCGGAGUUUCCAGAAGUGUUCUUCAGGGUGGUCUCCUCGUAUCACCCCAAUCGAGGUCUCCCGCCGACUGGUGGAUGAGAUGACCUGGGCCGUGAAACAGGCAUGGACGCGGGUUCCAACUCCAAUUUUCAGGGCAAUGGAGCAUGGCCACGUCGGCCAGGUCCGUGACACUCGUCAUUGGGUGGUGUUGGUUGCUGGAAAUCUCGGGUCCCUGGCUCGCUGCUGGGCUGUCCAGCCACGGUCGACCGGCUCCACGGCGAUGGCAUCCCGCCAUCCCGUCGCCGGGUGGCACGCCGUAGCCAUGACUGGGUUGGCAGGGUGGCAGGUUGGCUCGAACGAGAGGUUGAUGCCGACCCCAGCCGAGGCUUUUUCAACGCUCAGUCUCCUCGCGACAACCCAUCUCGAUGCCGAUCAAUGCGAUGUCGCGCCAGUCUCACGCACAAAGCCACACAUCACACCCUCCCGAGAUGCGGCUCGCCCUCCAUGGCAGUUCGUCAGAUGGGCAAAAGGGUGGGGGAAUAGAAUGAAAGCAACUUGAUGAAAGGCAGAGUGGUGGGAUCCGAGAAGGGGAAGCCAGGCUCGGGCACUGACGGUUAGAGCUGGGCUUGGAAGGAAAGCGUUAAUGGCGUUAG